CUUCAGAGUAACUCUUCAUAGAGCUUGCUGGAGAACAGGGUAGCGUUGCAACGCCGCAGCUAAUGGGGCUGCUGCUGCUGCUGCUGUUGCUGCUCUUUCUAUCUUUGUCCCUCUUUUAAUUUGGACACUGGGGAGAAAUAAAUAGCUCCACACACACUGUUGGGAGGCAAAUGAAUGGAGGAGACUCGUGGGGAAUUUCCCAAGGCUGACGUUACACCAAAAGAGAUACUAGAUGGACAGAAAAAAUGCACAUGGCAGGAUCAUUUCAAAUGUUUUCCAACAUAUUUUUCUCUGGAGUUUAAUUUCUUAACCUUUGGCGUUUUUUGUGGAAUUUAACUGGAAAGGUUGUAUUUUUGUGGAUCGAGCAUGUUUGCUUUAGUGCUGCUUCACCAGUGGAGUCUGGCUGUGUCUUUGCUCUGCUUCCCAGUGACUUUCGAGGGGAGAACAGCUGAUGGGCUCAUUAACAGAACGAGAAGGUCGGUGAGCCACGCCCAGCUGUUGCAUGACAAGAGCCGCUCCAUCCAGGAGUACAGGCGCCGCACGUGGCUGCAGGAGCUGCUGGACGAGGUGCACACGGCCGGGGAGCACGCUCCACCUGUGCAGAGCCGGACCCAGAGCCAAGUGUUCAGCGGGAGCAGCCUGCAGCAGAAGCCCCAAGGGGCCAGCAAGGACCUCCUAGAGAGGGUAAACCUGGACGGGGCCGUCCCCCACCUCACCCAGGAGACCAACAAAGCCGCGGCCUACAAGGAGCACGACCUUAAAGUUGCCACCAAGAGGAAAAAAAAGGUCCGGUUAGGGCGACGCAGAGAGAACGAGAAGAAGAGGAGAAGAGCCCGCGCCGCCGUCGGGAAGGGGCCGUGAAGAGACAAGGGACCCCGUCUAUAGACCCAGUACCCUUUUUUUUUUUUUUUUAAAUGGUUCUGCACUAAGACACUGACACAGACUGAUCCCUGACAGACUGUUUCUGGAGUCGGGGUUGUGCUUGUACGAUAAACUGUUUGUAUUUUGCAUACUUCCUGGAGUUUCAACAUGAAAUCUUAGGUUCAUAUUUAUUAGGAAGAUCGUCCCGCCUCUGUAACUCGGUCGUCCCUGGGACAUCUUUUUUGUAUGCAUUGUAAUCUAUAACCAAACGUGUAUGCAGGCCGAGCGGACGAGGAAAUGCUUAUUUUCCUUCCGCGUAAGAACCUAAAAAGAACAAGAAAUCUGACAAACUGCUCAGGUCACCACACGGUCACGGUGAAAAGAAAGUACACCCUCUUCCGAUGUCAGAAAUUAACGCUCUGAGCUUAAAAGUACUUCUCUCUGACCUCAGGUGUAUAAAAACCCACAACAGAUUUCAGUACGUCAUUAAUCAUUAAACAAAUAUGAAGUCAAUACGGCUGAAAGUCAUUACGGCCUAUGACUCAAUAAUUUGCUGAGCCGCCAUUAGCUGGAUCUAGUAACUCAAAUCGAUGUGUAUCCCUUUUCUCCUCCCACUUCUUUCUAUGCAGCAUUUUGUUUCGUUGUUUCAGUGCGAUUCUAGAUUAGCUUAAUGUCAGAAAUAUGGCUGCAGAACAUCCUCAUGAAAACCUUCGCGUGCAGACUGGUUCACCUUCAGCUCAAAGGUGAGUCUGGGUCCUCUCCAGAUCAUCAGCCCUCCACCGCCGUGUCUGAAAGUCGGGCUGAUGCGUCGAUGUCAAUGUGAUGCUUUCGUCUCUCACCAAACAUGGUCAAGUCAAGUUUUUAGUCAUGAGGUUCACACAGAUGCAUUACUGCAAACCUGACAGUAGUUUGUGACAUUUCUGGCAAACCUCAUUAACAAGCUCACUCUUCUGUAUCCUUUUCUGCUUGUACUGUCAUAAACUUUUUUUUUUUUUUUACAUUUACAGGCCUGUAGAGUAUGAGAUGUAUAUUUACGGAUGCUUUGGCAUUUAUUUAAGCAUUGCACAUUGGUGGAAGGUCCUUUCCUGAGAAGAUUGUCAACUGUCUUACAUAUUUUUCACAGAAGAAAUAAACAUCUCAUCGUAGACUAAGAGGCAUCAGCAGCAGGUUUUUCUCCUUGGCGCUAUGGCAACAAAGAUCUUACACCUGUCGAUGGUUGUUCAAUCAAUCAAGCCGUUUCGAUUUGCAGAGGGUUAACUUUCUUUUUGCCUGACUGUACCUCUGUUCAAACGGUUCAGCCAUAAUUUAUUUCACUUUGAAAGCCUAUAUUUAUUUUGUGAAUGUAUCACGGUGCUGCUGAUUUAAUUCCAUUAUGCACUUUAGUUACAUAAGUUGUGGUUGAAUUUUAGCGUAGCGACUGUUGUUGAUGGUACUGCUUUCCUUCCUCCUCACCUCAGAUCCCUUAUGGACUCAUAACUUAUCAGAGGCAUCGUCAGAAAAAACGCUUCUGUUGAGUUAAGUUACAGUUUGUUUGUUUUUUUUUUUGUGCUUUUUUUGAUUAGAAUAAAUAAGCCAAAGCUCAACCCAGCUUCGUUGUUCUGGACUUGCACUGAGGGAAUGCUGUACAUGUUUCCAGUUAAUCAAACAUUAAAAA